GCCUCGAUCCCUCCAAGCGCCUCAUUGUCUUCUCGAUCAACCUUUCGGAUUUAGACCCUAAAUUGCUGCAGAGAUGUCUCGCCGAUCGAUCUUGCUCCUGAAGAAUCUAGCGAGGAGCACGACCGGGUCAGGGUCAGGUUUCCAAACCCGUUCCGUGACUUACAUGCCUAGACCCGGAGACGGCGCGCCACGGCCGGUGACGCUGAUUCCCGGCGACGGGAUCGGUCCGCUUGUGACGAACGCGGUGGAGCAGGUGAUGGAGGCGAUGCACGCGCCGGUGUACUUCGAGAAGUACGAUAUUCACGGAGACAUGAUGAAAGUGCCGCAGGAGGUGCUCGAUUCGAUACGGAAGAACAAGGUGUGUCUGAAGGGUGGGCUCAAGACACCAGUCGGUGGUGGUGUAAAUUCGCUCAAUGUUCAGCUGAGGAAGGAGCUUGACCUCUACGCGUCGCUGGUCAACUGCUUCAAUUUGCCAGGUUUGCCCACUCGGCACGAGAACGUGGACAUCGUUGUGAUCAGAGAGAACACUGAAGGCGAGUAUUCUGGGCUUGAGCACGAGGUUGUUCCCGGUGUUGUUGAGAGCCUUAAGGUGAUCACGAAGUUCUGUUCUGAGCGUAUUGCCAAGUAUGCUUUCGAGUAUGCAUACUUGAAUAACAGGAAGAAAGUUACAGCAGUGCACAAGGCCAACAUCAUGAAACUUGCGGAUGGUUUGUUUCUGGAAUCUUGUCGAGAAGUUGCCAAGAAGUAUCCAAGCAUCACCUACAAUGAAAUUAUUGUCGAUAACUGCUGCAUGCAACUUGUAUCAAAGCCAGAGCAAUUCGACGUCAUGGUAACUCCCAAUCUCUACGGGAAUCUCGUUGCCAACACUGCGGCAGGUAUUGCCGGAGGCACUGGUGUAAUGCCUGGAGGAAAUGUCGGAGCAGAGCAUGCGGUCUUUGAGCAAGGAGCAUCGGCUGGAAAUGUGGGGAAGGACAAGAUUGUGCAGCAAAAGAAGGCAAACCCCGUGGCAUUGCUGCUAUCAUCGGCCAUGAUGCUUAGACACCUUCAGUUCCCUUCAUUUGCUGACCGGCUGGAGACCGCAGUGGAGCGGGUCAUCUCUGAAGGAAAGUAUCGGACUAAAGAUCUCGGUGGAGACAGCACCACCCAAGAGGUCGUCGAUGCGGUCAUUGCGAAUUUGGACUGACUGAUAAAUUAGAAGUUUCCCCAUAUAAAUCAAUCAAAUUCCAGAUUUCUCUGCUGCAAGAUUGCCAAAGGUGUUAUGAUUCACACUGCCCUCUGGUUCUGUACCUCUUUAGUAUUCUACAUUCUUUCGAAACAGCUCAAAUAUGGGUUUUCGUCGAUCAAACGUCUGUCAAAUAAGUAUUGCUGCACCGAUUGAAUUGUUGGGCUCAUUUCUGAAAUUGUGAUCUUAGAUCCUCGAGAAGAGAGGCUUGAAAUGUU